AUGGUACUAGAUGAGCCUCGUGUGAGUGGCGAACGAAGUGGAACAGACACUGCUUCCCUCGUGUCAUCAAUGACAACAAUGGACGCCGGAACAUAAACAGCGGAACCGGGUGAAACAAGCAGUGCUUCCCAAGUGUCAAAGUGAUGGAUGCCGAAACACAAACAGAAGAAUAUGACUACCUUCUGGACGCUAGGCCAAACAGAUACAAAGCACCAGAUAAAGAUUUUUUCGAUUCGGACAAAAAAGUUCGAUUUUACACUGGAAUGCCUUCUGGUGAAAUACUCAUGGUGGUGUUUGAGCAUGUUACCGAGUACAUUAAUCACCACACACAAUCCUUGAACAGAUUUCAAGAAUUUAUAAUUUUACUGAUCAAGCUGCGGUUAAACGUUUUCUUUCAAGAAUUUGCUUACCGCUUUGUGGUUUCGAUAUCCACAGUUUCAAGGAUCUUUUUAUCGUGGAUGGUGGCGAUGGAUUCGCGACUUUCUCCCCUAGUUUCUUGGCCAGACAGGGAA